UCAUCAAUAUCCCUUUGAUCCCCUUGAUCCUUUUGUUCCCUUUGAUCCCCUUGAUCCCUUUGAUUAUCUCAUUCCACCCCUCUUCCGUGAAUACUUCGCUUUUUCAUCCAAACGUACACUUGAAUCGCGACGAGAAAUAUGUUGGUAAACCAGGCUCUACCUUAAUUCAGGAACACCAGGACACUGGAACUCCACCUCCAACCAGACUCACCGCGACUUCAUUCCAAAGACUCCAAACUACGCCAAUGGAGGCGCCGCAGCCACCAAGUUUAAGCUCCAAGGAGCCUACAUAUGUCAGCCUCUCAACGCACACAUCGCUUGAUUCGUCUACUACACCAUUACCAAUUCGUAAGACAAGGUCAUCUCUGCGUCUGCAACUGCGGGAAUUGCCAGCAAGCUCUAGGCAGCCUUUGUCUGACAUCACGUCAAUGCAUACGAUACCAGAUGCGCCGGCGACAUGGCCGCCUUUUCACAAUACCAAGUCGUGUAGAUGUUCAUAUUCACGGCAAUUACCAGGUCUAAGCUUGAGAGAAUCUUCACAUGCCAUACCCUCAAUGAAUGCGUCGCCAGAUGCAUCUGCCAACACCCAAAAUCGAGAGACAGAAAGCCCAGAUCACCGCUCCGCAAGCGUACCUUUGCCCUCAAGUCGACGUAGUGUUUCAUUAGAGACCCGCGGUGAAAUACGCACUACCGACAACAAACCUGAUCCACUCUUCUACUUUCGUGUCAUUUGGCGCUAUAUCAUAGUCCCAUUGUUGAAAUAUCUACUCACCACCGUCGGAUAUGUGGGCUACUGGAUGCAACCUUAUCUUGCGUUGGGACUCGCCAUGGUUAUCUUGUGGUUUGCUCUAUCAUAUGCAGCCUUCACAAUGCAAACCACUAUGUCCGCUACUUUGGCUCCCUUAUGCAACUUGCCCGGAUCAUCAUAUCUGUCGAUGUGUGCCCAUACUUCUACUACACCUACCGCAUCGCAGGCGGCUCCCUUUGACGACCUUAUGGCAGUUCAAGGCACCCUCGCAGAUGUUUUAUCCUCAGCAAAGGACACCUCGAUGCUCCCAUCUACGAUGAAGGAGUCAGAACUCGGUUUUCGCCAAGUCAGAUCCAUCGUACGUCACACGCAACUGCCUUCAAGACCUGGACUCAUCAAUGAACUCGACAAUUUCAUCGAAACGGCCAGACAAGCUUCGCAGGAUCUGACCGUAUAUAAUUCUAAGCUCACCCACCUAGUGAACAGGGUGAUCCGUCUGAACAAGUCAACCCGUGAAACACUUGAGGGUAUCGCGGAGAAGGAAGUGAACACCAGCUCUUUGGAACGGUUGCUGGACUCUAUCAAUCCUUGGAAACUCUGGAUUGCUCCCAUUCCAGACAGUCAACAGUUGAUAUUCCAAAGAUACGUAACCCAUAUAUCCUUAGUCAAGCCGUACUUUACCGACCCAAUCAAGCGAGGUGAAUCCCUUCUUGCUGCACUAAACUCUAUGGAGGACAAAUUAGAUGAUAUCGCCAACAUUGCAGUAGAGGAUGAUGUCAAGAUAACCACAGACCGUGAGAUAUUGCUCUCGCAACUCUGGACAAAACUAGGAGGUCACCAAGUAAAACGAAAACCGCAGGAAGGACAUCUCAAUAUUCUUUCGCAAUUGAUGCAUCAAAAACGCCUCGCAGCGAGCCAUGUCGGCACAACUUUGUUAAAGCUCAACACCAUCGUAGCAGAAUUAGGAAAGCUACAAGAGACAGCCAACGCCACAGGACUGGUUCCAUGGGAUGAUAGUAGGCCUUGGACACUCCAUUUCGCCGAUAUUGAAGAUCAAAUCGAGCAAUUUACAGAUUUCGCGCGGACAGAAAGUCCAUAGCCAGUCUUCUCAACUUCACCAAGAGAGAGACAUUCGUAUCUCAUUGUAGCAUUGUCACAUCACCACAGGAAUUCCAUCUCAGCAAUGCAAACUUGUUACGAAUGAAGUUGGAUAGUUAUG